GACGGAUCUUCCCCCCGGCUUUGUGCUCCAUCCGAACCCUGCAGUCGCCGCGCGCCGCCCCGGGUCCCCAAAGGCGCUCAUUUCCGGACCGUCGGUCUCCCGGGUCGCUGCGGCUGCCUUUGCCCCGGCACUUCCCAGAGCCGCUACCUCCCUGUUCGUGGCCGAGUUACUCCCCAAAAUGCCCGUGGACUUCACCGGGUACUGGAAGAUGCUGAGCAACGAGAACUUCGAGGAGUACCUGCGCGCGCUCGAUGUCAACGUGGCCUUGCGCAAAAUCGCCAACUUGCUGAAGCCAGACAAAGAGAUCGUGCAGGAGGGAGACCACAUGAUCAUCCGCACGCUGAGCACUUUUAGAAACUACAUCAUGGACUUUCAGAUUGGGAAGGAGUUUGAGGAGGAUCUGACCGGUAUCGAUGACCGCAAGUGCAUGACCACGGUGAGUUGGGAUGGGGACAAACUCCAGUGUGUGCAGAAGGGUGAAAAGGAGGGGCGUGGCUGGACCCAGUGGAUAGAGGGUGAUGAACUGCACCUGGUAAGUUACCUAGCAAGGGUCAAGCUAUGUCUCCAGAGGCCUCAUCACCUAAAGGGGUUAAUAGACCCUUGAAUAAAGCACUACGGU